AUGGCGCCAAAAGAAACAAAGUUCAAGGUGGCUGCUGCCCAUGCUGCACCUAUCUUCAUGGACAAAGCAGCUACCAUCAAGAAGACCGUUCAGCUCAUCGAGCAGGCUGCGAAGGAAGAUAUCAAACUUCUAGUGUUCCCAGAAACGUUCAUCCCCGGCUACCCCUACUGGACUGAAGCCUACCCACCCCUCAAGCAGGUAGCGGCUAUAGCCAAGUACGCAGAGGAGAGCGUAGUAGUGGAGCCCAAUGGCGAGGACGUCAGUGCAAUCCAAGAUGCCUGCCGCCGGACUGGAAUAGCGAUUAACCUGGGUAUCUCGGAGCGUAUCGCUAACGGCCAUACGCUAUUCAACUCGCAAGUCAUCAUCGAUAGCGACGGCACUAUCCUCGGGGUUCAUCGCAAGCUGCAACCCACGUUUGUCGAGCGCAUGGUUUGGGCUCAGGGUAACGGAAGCACAUUACGCACCUGGCCCCUCUCGCUUGGUUACAACCUCGGGGGUCUGGCCUGCUGGGAGCAUACCAUGAACGGUGCGCGCCAGGCUCUCAUCACGCAGAACCAACAUAUUCAUGCUGGAGCGUGGCCAGCCUUGUCGACGCUUUCCAGUUUCGAGCCCGUCGCUAACGCGCAGAUUGAGGGACUCAUGAAAGCUCACGCUUUGACCGCCCAGGUCUUCGUCAUCACGGCCUCCGACUAUGUCGACCAAUUGUGCCUCGACUGGAUGGAGAAGAACCUCGGAAAACAAGACCUCAUCUCCGCUGGUGGGGGUUGGUCCUCCAUUCUCCACCCUUUCUGCUCCUACAUCGCCGGUCCGCACACGGGCGGAGAAGAGAAGCUGGUCCAAGGCGAGAUUGACCUGGCAGACUUGGGCGCUGUCAAAGUAUGGAUUGAUGCAGCGGGACACUACCAGCGCCCGGAGAUUUUGCAGUUCGGCUUUGAUCCGCGACCGCACUGGGCGGACGAGAAGACGGACCGCUUCAAGAUAGUACGUGCGGAUGAUAAGAAAGUGGAGACUGAGAAUGUUGAUCAGUCUCAGAAAGGUACGGUUUGA